CUGUCUUCCUAACGAGUAGUCGCUGGGGACCUUAAUACCGUCAUACCGAUUCGUGUUCGAUUGCUUUCGGCUUUCGUCGGAUUGGAACCCGAUUUUGGGGAAAAACCCUAGCCGGGAUCCAAGGGCUUCCUGGCGUCCCAAUCGAUCCCUUGGGAGGAUUACCGCAGCGGGAACAACGAGAUCUUGGAGCGGGAGUGUCAAUUUUCAGUCGAAUUGGAGGGUUUUCUAGAAUCGAGCACAUGAAGGAUCCUACGGACCGGACGAAGGUCGCGGUUCGGCGCUUGCCGCCGUCCAUGUCUCAGACGACGCUGGUGGAGCAGAUCGACAGCAGGUUCGCGGGCCGCUACGAUUGGUUCUGCUUUCGCCCUGGGAAGAACAGCCAAAAGGACCACAUACAUUCUCGAGCAUAUGUCAACUUUAGAAAACCAGAAGAUGUGGUUGAAUUUGCUGAGUAUUUUGAUGGGCACAUAUUCGUCAAUGAGAAGGGUGCUCAAUAUAAGGCUCUUGUAGAGUAUGCACCAUCUCAACAAAUUCCAAAGCUAUGGUUAAAGAAAGAUGGCCGUGAAGGGACUAUAUCUAAGGAUCCUGAAUACAUUGAGUUUCUUGAACUUGUAUCAAAGCCAGUAGAACAUCUUCCCAGUGCAGAAAUUCAGUUAGAGAGGAAAGAAGCUGAAAGAGCGGGCACUACGAAGGACACACCCAUAGUAACACCAUUAAUGGAUUUUGUUCGACGAAAAAGAGCAGCUAAAAAUGGUUCUCAGAAAUUAUCUGGUAGUGGUAAAGGUAGUAAACGAACUUCAGGAGUUUCUGCUAGCACUUCAAAUUCCUCUGCAAAAAGAGGUUCUGAGAGGCGUAGAAUUGCGACUUCAACUUAUGUGCUAAGGGAUAGCAUGAAAAAAGGAGGCCUUAAAGACAAACCAACAUACAUUUUGAUGCCAAGGAAGAAAGACCACGUGUCUGCCAUGGAUAAAUCUGUUUCUGCAAACUCUACAAUUGAGAAGGAAGCAGUGGAAGAUGAAUUUGGAAUUGAAUCUGGAAAAAGCAGAAUUGUGCUCCUGAAAGGGAAGGAGAGAGAAUCUUCUGAUUUUGGCCAGGCUUCUAGAGUUUGGGCACAACACCAGAUUGUAACAUCUUCAGUCAAAGGUUCACCUAUUUUAACAUCUAGAAAGAACCAAGCGAGUGGAAGGAUCAUUAAAAGCAUACUUACAAAGGAAGGUUGUACAGAUGUGCCACAUAUAAAUACGACCCAUAAUGAACAGCAAAUGCAGGUGGUAAAUGGAGAGGACAAGCAUUCAUCUCGACCUCCCUGUGCAAGCUUGAAUUCCAAAGAUCACAUGCCACGUAUAUCACCAUUUGUAUCUGCUUCUGAUGACGAUAAAAAAUAUGUAGAUGAUAAGGCUGCUGUAAACAACAAACAUGGUUCUGUAUUAACCAGUGAAAAGCAUGAAAGGCGAACUAGGAAUAGAGACAGACCUGAUUGUGGUGUUUGGGCUCCUCUUCGUCGUCCAGAUAGAUCUCAAUCUAAUGAUGGAAUGCUUACCGAAGCAUCCCAAGAGUCAGCAAAUUCUUUAGAAAGCUUAUCCUUAUCUCAACAGCCAUUUGGGAAAGUUAGGGAGGAUGAGAUGGCUAUUCAGACCCGCAAUGGACGUGGCAAUAACUUGCCUGCUGUCUAUGAAACAUCAUUGGGUUAUGGAGAAAGAAAACCAGAUCUUUCUUAUGCAAGUAGAAGUGAAGACAUAAAGGUUCACAAAGGUGGACGAGUUGAUUAUUCUGGAGCUGAAAAUGGUUCUCAUAGACAUGUUCGCCGUCGUGGAUCAUUACGUAGUCUGAAGGAUGUAGAUUACUCUUUAAAUGCUUCAGAAGGAAAGAAUUCUAAGAGAGGUCCUACCGUCUAUAAUUCUCAUGAGCGACAAGUAUGGGUUCAGAAGUCUGGCUCAGCUUCAUGAAUUUUGUACUGAAUGGCCUUCCUUUGUCUAUGAUCUACUUAACAGCAGGAUAUAUGUGAUGCUGCAGUUUAUCCAAUUGUUGCAAAUGUUCUGUUUGGAGCUCAUUGUUACGAGUUUUUGAUUAUGUAAAGUGCACAUUGGCAGCGUUUCUCUGGGCAGAUGCUGCUUGAAGUUUGCUAUUACCAAAUUGGUCCACAAGUACAGCUAUAACUUGUCAGUAACAAAAAGCAUGAGUUAAACCGCCUGGAAGGUGAAAUAAAUUUGCUAAUGGUCUGCAAUUUGCUGUGAAUAUGAUUUAUUUGAAGCUUAAGUUUGCGAAAGGAUGGUGUUGGCAGUUGUUGGCCUUGAAUGCAAAUGCUUUCUCCCGUUCCAUUGUGCUUGCUAAGUAUUUUUGGCAGACCUCCAGCUGAACUUCUCUAGUAUUUUAUGCAUGACAGUGAGGGGAUCAUCCGGAGCAAUUAUUCUUGGUGAAAAAAAAAAUGUAAAUAAUGCUUGAGGGGGUAUGUUGGUUUUGCUUUCUAGCCAUUGUUUAUAGGUUCGAGAAGCGUGCAUGACCAUUAUGUUUCUGGGUACUCAUUUUGGCGAAUACUUUGUGUAAUGAUAGGAACUAGUUUUCUUGACAAAUAUAAGUUUGUCAUCAGUGUUUUUACAGUGGGCAGUGGAGAAGUGCCUCCAUUGACGUUUGUGGAUGAUAUUGAUGGUUUGUACUACAUCCAUUAAAGUUGCUAAUGACUGGUUUAUAGAGAUGCACCUUUUAUGCCUUCA